UGUGUGUGUCACUCCAGAGUCGAGAGUUGGUGACGAAUAAUCCCAAGGCUCAAACUCAGAGUAAUAAAAAAUUAAAACGUCCUCGUUUUUAGUCCUCUCUUUAUCGCAUCUGAAACACCGUAAGCAGAGGUCUGAAGCAUACACCCACAGAUCUUCGAUCAAGGAAUUGAAGGCGAAGAAGAAGACGAGACUAAGCAAAAAUGCUGCCCACGGUCUCUAAAGGGCGUUCUUCUUCCUCCGCGUCUCGAGCCAAUUCCAUGUCCCCUCAGUACCUCCGUCGAAUUGUGAAGUGGCAACAAAUGGAUAUUGAAUAUACUUUCUGGCAAAUGCUCCACCUAUGCACCUCACCAAAAGUUGUCUAUCAGCAUACUAAGUAUCAUAAACAAACUAAAAAUCAAUGGGCACGUGACGACCCUGCUUUUGUUGUGAUCUGCAGCCUCCUUUUGGUGGUUGCAACUUUGGCUUAUUGUGCUGCGUAUGAUCAUAGCGCAACGCAUGCUGUAUUCGUGGUUAUUUCAGUAUUGCUUUUCCAUUUUCUAAUUACUGGAGCACUUAUAGCGACAUGUUGUUGGUUCCUGACGAAUGCUUACCUACGGGAAGAGGUUCCAAAUAGUCAUGUGGUUGAGCAACGUGUUGAAUGGCUCUAUGCGUUUGAUGUGCACUGCAAUUCUUUCUUUCCAAUGUUUGUUGUGCUAUACGUUAUACAAUUCUUUCUUUCACCUCUUUUGGUAGCCCAUGGUUUUUUACCCUUACUUCUAUCAAAUCUACUUUUCAUGGUGGCGGCCUCUUACUACCAUUAUCUCAACUUCUUGGGCUAUGAUGUACUACCGUUUCUGGAAAGGACCACAUUUUUCCUCUAUCCAAUUGGGGCUGUCAUUGUCCUUUCUCCUAUCUUGAUUUUAAGUGGAUUCAAUCCUUCCAGAUACUUUAUGAAUAUGUACUUUAGUCAAAGGUUAUGACUUGCUAGGGUUAACACAUAGGAUGGAAUAUAUUGAGUGAGUUGGGAAACCGAAUUCAUAGAUAAUAGAUUACAUGAAGUGGAGGAAUGCGCUAGAGGAAAAGUAUGGAUUGCAACAUGAAACAGCAUCGGCAGCUUCUUUACGCUUUCUGUUCCCAUGGCGUGUGGCUGUCGAGGUAGGAAAAUUUUUUCAGUGAUCCAAUUACUAGUCUAACCAAUCAACUGAAUGUAAUGAUUUUGCGUGUAUUGUCAAUUUUGUUUGGAAAAUUUAAGCUGAGUUUCAGUUUGUGAAUUUUAUAGUUUUUAUUUGUUAUAUCUGAAUUCUCAAUUCAGCAUAAAUCAAAUAUGAGCUAUUUUUUGAGUUUGCCAUC